AUGGCUGAUUCCAUCCAGAAAUUCUUUGGGACGAAUUAUGGAUUAACUACUAAGAUCCCGGCUUCGGCAUUCAAUAUUACCCAAGGGACUCCCAAGGUCCAUGAAGCAGAUAAUGGCUCAGGUAGCUUGCUGCAUCGGGAGUUCUGUAGUGAGUGCGGUGGUGGAAUUUUGGAAUAUGGAGAACAAGCGAAGAAUGAUUUCAGAUAUGUGAUGUAUGGCACCAUUGACAACUCUGAGGGGUUGGAUCCAAAAGGGGAGUUCUUCUGCAGAUAUCGAAAUGAGUGGAUGCCCGAAAUCCCUGAUAUAUUUCACAAGCAAAAGAUCCAGGAGUAG